AUGAUAGAACAAUUAUUUGUUCUAUUAUUAGUAGGGUUUUCUUAUCCAAUUCGUGCUAUUAGUAAAGAUGAUUUACUUGUCGUUGCGGUUGCCACAGAUGAGACAGAUGGUUAUCAUCGUUUUAUUCGUUCAUUAAAUAUUUAUGGAUAUAAAUAUGAGAUUUAUGGACUUGGUCAACCAUGGAAAGGUGGUAAUAUAAAAUAUACAUCUGGUGGUGGACAAAAAAUAAAUAUUCUUCGAGAAAACUUAGUUCGGUAUAAAGAUGAUAAAACAAAAUUAAUACUUUUUUCUGAUGCAUAUGAUGUUAUAUUUACUCAAUCACCUGAAGUUUUACUUGAUAAAUUUGAAAAAUUAAAACCAGCACGAGUUGUUUUUGGUGCAGAAGAUUUUUGUUGGCCAGAUCAAAAUUUACAAUAUGAUUAUCCAUUGGUUGAAAGUAAUGAAAAGCGUUUUUUAAAUUCAGGUGGUUUUAUUGGUUAUGCAUCGGAUAUUUAUGAAAUAAUUUCAAGUAAAGAAAACAUAGAUGAUGAUGAAGAUGAUCAAUUAUUUUAUACAAAAAUUUUUCUUGAUGAAACUACACGAACAAAAUGGUCGAUUGUACUUGAUAAACGAGCAGAUAUUUUUAUGAAUUUAAAUGGUGCUGCUGAUGAAAUUGAAUUACCAGUUCGUAAUGAUGAAAUUUAUGUUUAUAAUUCAUGGACAGAUUCAAAUCCAAUUGUUAUACAUGGCAAUGGACCAGCUAAAAGAACGUUGAAUUAUUUAAGUAAUUAUAUCGCUCGUGUAUGGUCGCCGACUUCUGGAUGUUUACAAUGUAAAGAAAAUGUUAUAGAUUUAACUAAAAUUGAAAAUCAACAACAAUGGCCAUUAGUUUAUAUUGCAAUAUUUAUUGAAUAUCCAACACCAUUUCUUCGAGAAUAUUUUGAAAAAAUUUUGAAUCUUAAUUAUCCGAAACAACGUUUGGCUAUUUUUAUUCAUAAUCAAGUUGAAUAUCAUAAAAAUUUAACAGAAAAAUAUAUGACUAAAUUCAAAGACAAUGAAUAUAAAUUUAUUAAAUAUUUCAAUUAUAAUGAUGAUAUAACUGAAGGUGAAGCUCGACAACAAGCAAUCACUGAAUGUCAAGAAGAUAAAUGUGAUUAUUUAUUUGUAAUUGAUUCAAUAGUUCAUAUUGAUAAUCCUGAUACAUUAGUUAAAUUAAUUUCACUUAAUCGAACAAUUGUUUCACCAAUGCUUUUAAGACCAGAAAAAACAUGGAGUAAUUUUUGGGGAGAUUAUACAGAAAACGGAUUUUAUAAACGAUCACCUGAUUAUAUGGAUAUUAUUAAUUAUAAUAAAACAGGUUUAUUUAAUGUACCACAUGUUGCUCAUUGUUAUUUAUUAAAUGGAACAUUUCUAAAAAGUUUUACACCGAAAUACAUCGAUGCAACUAUCGAUCCAGAUGUGAAGUUUAGUCAAUCAUUGAGAGAUACUGGAUAUUUUAUAUAUUUAAAUAAUGAAAUUAAUUAUGGUCAUUUAAUUGAUCCAGAUAAUUUUAAUAUUUCAUUAAUUCUACCUGAACUUUAUGAAGUUUUUAAUAAUUUUAAAGAUUGGAAAGAUCGUUAUAUUCAUCCUGAUUAUUAUAAAUCUCUUCAACCAAAUGCCACAUUUCAACAACCAUGUCCAGAUGUAUUUUGGUUUCCAGUAGUAACAAAUGAAUUUACUCAAGAUUUAAUUGAUCUCAUGGAAAAAUUUAAUCAGUGGUCUGGAUCAUCUCAUGCUGAUCGACGUUUAGCAGGUGGUUAUGAAAAUGUUCCUACAGACGAUAUUCAUAUGACACAAGUAGAUUAUAAUGAACAUUGGUUAUUUUUUCUACGAGAAUUUAUUCAACCAAUACAACAAAAAGUCUAUACUGGUUAUUAUAGUGAUCCUCCAAAAGCAUUGCUUAAUUUUGUUGUUCGAUAUAUGCCUGAAUAUCAAAAUAAGCUUCGACCACAUCAUGAUGCAUCAACAUAUACAAUUAAUAUAGCAUUAAAUGAUGUUGGAAAAGAUUAUGAAGGUGGUGGUUGUCGAUUUCUUCGUUAUAAUUGUACAGUAGAUGCAACACGUCGUGGUUGGGCAUUGAUGCAUCCAGGGCGUUUAACUCAUUUACAUGAAGGUUUACCAGUAAUAAAAGGAAGACGAUAUAUUAUGAUUUCGUUUAUUGAUCCAUGA